CUACCGGGUGCAGCCAGGGGACAUCUCUUCCUCCUGAACCGUCUGUCAAACUCGAUAACUUUAACAGAAAUCUACUCUAAAGGGACGGCGACAUGUUUUGUUCACACGCCUGAGUUACUAGUUAACGUUACGCUCUGAUAUCUUAACGUUAAAUCUACUGAAUAAGCUUUAGCUAGCAGGCUAGCAUCAGCAUCAAUAGGGUCGACCAUGGCGGCAGUUGACAGCUUUCAGUUUUUGUAUAGAGAAGUUUCUCGGUCAUGCAGUCCUUACUUUGAAACCCUGGCACUGGUUGGAGCUCUUUAUACGGCUAGCCGGGCUGUAAUCCUGCUGCGAGACUGCUGCACGUUGGUCAGGGUACAUUUCCUGCCAAGAAUGAUCCCGAGUAAGAAGCUAACCCAGAGAUUUGGUGACUGGGCUGUCGUGUAUGGUGCAUCAGAGCCUGUGGCCAAAGCUUAUGCAGAGGAGCUGGCCAGACACGGUAUCAGCAUUAUCUUUGUCACUCAGAACCACACUUCUGUGCGAGAAACAGCUGCGUCCCUUUCUCAGAGCUACGGAGUGGAAACUGUUGUCGUCCUGGCCGACUUCUCUUUGGACCAGGCAGCCAGCAAGACCAUCAAAGAAGCCAUGAGGGGGAAAGAUAUUGGCUUCUUGGUGAACUGUGUGGAGUCAAUGUCUUCCCCUCAGAGUCUUAUUGAAGUGCCUGAGCAGGCCCUGCUGGAUUUGCUGAAUAAGAACGUUGCAGUGGCUACUCUGAUGACCCGGUUGGUGCUGCCUGGGAUGGUGGAGCGCAGCAGAGGAGCUGUGGUCAAUAUAUCGUCGGGUGCUUGCUGCAGACCUCUGCCUGGAAGAGUGACACUCACCGCCUCUGCUGGCUACAUGGAUCAGCUGUCAAGAGCUCUUCACCUUGAGUACAGCGGCAGAGGGAUCUUUGUCCAAAGUCUGAUUCCUUUCCAGAUAGCCUCAAGUGAGCAACAACCAUCAACAUCGACACAAGCAUCAACACCGGGCUGGUUUGCACCAAAGCCAGAGGUUUAUGCCCGCCACGCCAUCUCCACCCUGGGUGUCACUAAUAGGACCACUGGUUACUGGCCUCACACACUGCAGUAUGGACUGAUGAGAUGUGUCCCAGAGUGGAUCUGGGUCCUUGGAUCUCAUGUGCUCAUCAGCUCAAGCUAAGAGCUCACCUUGCCUCCUUCACUAAAGACUUAAUCAGUUAUCAUAUCUUCUUGUUACUGGAGUUUUAGUUUCGUGUGUCAUUAGCUCUCAGGCUCUGUUGAGGUUGGUAGUUAAGAGAUUUUCUUCUGCUGAGUUGGUAUCAAUUUCAAGGGAAGCUGCAGUAUAAUUAAUGCACAUACAUGUCUUAAUGGUGGACAGGCAGGGUUUUGGAAUCUUGGUGUGACUUUGAGUCCUGUGCGGCCAGCAGGGGUCAUAAAGGCUUGAUUCAUUUAAUAUAAAAAAGGAAUGUACAUUAUUUUAUUUUUCUAUGGAGCUGCACGCUAUCAUGCACAACAGAAUACAGUAUAGAAGUGCAGGUGAGAUCAAAAGCCUCGCCUCAGAUGUUACAUUAAAAAGACAGUCAGAAGAAAGCAAUAACAAAGCAAUCUGCAACCAUAAAAUCAUAAACAAAAUGAUGAUAAAAUAAAAUUCAUCUUGUGCUGGCUUUUGACUUUCCAGAUCUUUCUGGUUGUACCGCUUCUUACCAGCUCUAACCACAUCUACAGUAUAUGGCACACUUACAAAAACCAAACUGCAUUUGACUUGAAACCAAACCCAGCAUCAUUCAAAGUCAAAGAGACAGACUGAUAUCAUAAUGUAGAAUAAUCCCUCUAAAUGUAGUAAAGUUUUAAUGAGCAAAAUGUGCAACAUGCAAUACUAACUUAAGUGUGAUAUUGCUAAAUGUAACUCAGUCCAAGAUACAUGUGAAUUGAAGGUGACAAGAGCACAUUUGUAAAUCAAACUUAAGUAUAAAUCUGAAUAUAUUCUUGCAGUGUGAAAAUGUCUUAACUUAUUAAGCCUCUUGGUCUGAUCAAAGACAGUGUUGAGAUAAAACCAAGACGUACUGGUGCGGUGUUAAACAUGUGAGAGUGCUGACAGUAAAUACAAACAUGGUGGUGAAUGGGUGAAUGGGGAAUGAUAGCUUUAGGUGUCUUUGCUCAGAGUACAACAUUCAAGCAUCUCCAGGAGUGAAGUUGAAAUGAGAUGAAGAGUGAGAUGGUGAUGUUUUGUUUCAUUGAGAAACUAUAUUUAAGCUACAUUAAUUAUAUGUCGAUAUAGCUUAAAAUAAGUACUUAUAUUAAGAAAAGUGAACAGAUUCAGAUAUAUUGUGUUGAGUGGUUGCCUACAUAAACAGUGCAGUGUAUAAAAAUGUGGACUUAAAUAUGACGUGUCAUCAUAAUACAAAAGAACAAUAAAUCUCUUUCUUCAUUCCCUUA